CUGCCUUUUCCUCAACUUCACUCUCUCCACGCCUCUAGUACAUAAACUUUCCCUCCCUGUUAUUUAAACCAGUCGACCCUCCUAUAUUCUCUUCGUUGCGACUUGAGCAUGUCCCGCAGGACUACGGCCAUGUCGAAUAACUCUCCAGACGCGGAUGUUUCGCCUUCCAAAGAUGGGGGUAAGUUUCCCGAUUCCCAGCCUUCCUGCUGGGGGCAAUGGAUACUUAGGGUAAAUUUUACAGCUCAGGAGAAGCAGAAAAUGCUUCUUUCCUCGGAAACAGGUCAUUUCAGUCUCAUAAGGGCUCUGCAUCUCGCUGAUCUAGUAACUGAGCUCAAUGGACUGUGUGGAGUUCUAUCUAUCUUCGCAUCUAUGCGCUAUUGUCUGGGAGACAAAAAUGAACACCAUGAUCUCUGGACUGCACUUGCAUGCAUGCCUUUUGCGCUGUUUUUCGAUUUCAUGGAUGGGCGGAUUGCAAGGUGGAGGAGAAAAUCUUCCCUGAUGGGCCAAGAAUUGGACUCGCUAGCAGACUUGAUCUCUUUCGGUGUCGCUCCGGCUUCCGUUGCGUUCGCUAUAGGAAUCCGAACCCGUCUUGACCAUCUGCUUUUAUCCUUCUUUGUCCUUUGCGGCCUGACGCGGCUUGCCCGGUUUAAUGUCACAGCAGCCGUUCUACCCAAGGACAAAACCGGGAAGUCAAAAUAUUUUGAGGGCACGCCGAUCCCGACAACACUGUCAAUUACUAUGAUAAUGGCUUACUGGGUUUCCCAAGGCUGGAUUCUGGAGAACCUACCGCUGGGACUUGCGGCGGAAGACACGCUCUUUGAAUUCCACCCUGUGGUGCUUAUUUUUGUUAUACACGGUUGCCUGAUGGUCAGCAAGACGAUACACAUCCCCAAGCCGUGA